AUGAUCACGCUGGUGUUUCCCCUUCUACUGGCUGGUUUUACAAGGAUUACCUUUGGUGAUCCAGAGAUCCAGAACCGCAUCAUUGGAGGCUACUAUGUGGACAUUGCUGAUGCACCCUAUCAGGCGGAAGUCAUUAUUGACGGCACUGCAAUAUGCAGUGGUGCCAUCAUAAAAGCAAAAUUCAUCCUUACGGCGGCUUCGUGUGUUUCUGAAUACUAUAGUUCGGUUCAAGUGCGUGUGGACACCAAUUCCAGGGACUAUGAUGGUACGGGAACAUUGGUGGAUGUCUGCAAUAUCAUCAGUCAUCGUGGAUACAAUUACUGGCGCUUCGACAACAAUCUGGCCCUGCUAAAGCUGUGCGAACCGCUGAAGACCUCGAAAACAGUGAAUCCCAUCGGCUUGUCUCAGGAACUACCGGUGGAUUAUUCCUGGUGUGUGGUUUCCGGCUGGGGAUCCACCAGUUGGUGGGGCAGCUGGUGGGACAGGUGCUUUGGCAGUCUUCCAGACUAUCUACAGAUGGUCUGGGUUAGCGUCUACAAUCGCGAGCAGUGCGCCGCGGACCGUGGAGUUUGGUUCGGUCUCUGGGAUAAUGGCAUCUCAUACCUAACCCUUUGCACCCAGUACGGCGCCGGAGGAUGCUCCUACGACACAGGAGCUCCGCUUGUGAGAAAUGGAUAUCUCGUGGGCAUUCUAUCCGAGGGCGGAUGCUCAAAGAAACCCGAUGUCUACGCAAGUGUGAUUUGGUUCCAGAAUUGGAUAGAGGAUAAUACGGCCGACGAUGUUACCACAACUCCGUCUAGUAGUACAAGUGUUAGUACUCCAGGUCCUACUUCUAGUUCUAUUAUUUCUACUAGUGAUACACCCAGGACGACACCUUUACCUACAUCCAUUCCUGAAACUACUUCGAGUACAAAAAUAACUCCUAUUUCCACCGUUCCCAGUUCCACAAUUACUACUAAUACACCUACUACUACUUCAGCGCCUACUUCUGUUCCUGAAACCACUUCUGGUACUGAAAUAUCCUCUAGUUCCACUAUUUCCAGUAUCACAGAAACUAUACCUAGUUCUACUCCUUCACCUAGUUCAUCUCCUAUACCUACUUCUAGUUCCACUGUUUCCAGCUCCACAGAAACUACACCAAGUACACCGAUAACUACUUCCUCCACUACUGCUUCCAGCUCCACAGAAACUAUACCUAGUACUUCUCCUUCACCUACUUCUUCUCCUAUGACUACUUCUAGUUCCACUAUUUCCAGUACCACAGGUACAACUAAGACACCUAGUUCGACUCUUUCACCUAUUUCUACUCCGAAAGCUACUACUUCUGGUACUUCAAGUUCCAUAGUAUCCAUUUCCACAUAUGUAACUAAAAAACCGAUAACAACUUCUUCCCCUACUUCUACUCCUAUAACUACUUCUAGUUCCACUGUUUCCAGCUCCACAGAAACAGCACCUAGUACAACUGUUUCACCUACUUCUUCUCCUGCAACUACUUCUAGUUCCACUGCUUCCAGCUCAACAGAACCUACACCUAGUACAACUGUUUCACCUACUUCUUCUGCUAUAACUACUUCUAGUUCCACUGCUUCCAGCUCCAAAGAAACUACACCAAGUACUACUCCUUCACCUACUUCUUCUCCUAUAACUACUUCUAGUUCCACUAUUUCCAGUCCCACAGAUAUUACUAUCACACCUAGUACUACACUUUCACCUACUUCUAGUCCUGAAACCACUUCUGGAACUGAAAUUACUUCCACUAUUCCCAGUUCGACAGAUACUACUAAUACACUUAGUACUACUAAGUUAUCCACUACAAAUCAUAUAGUUAGCUAUAGUGAUGAAGAAGGUGCUAUUCCAGUGACACCAAAGCCUUUAGUUCCAUAAUUAAAAAACAUUUAUCAUAUUUUGGUAUUCCAUUUUAUUUUGUGUUUUAUCGUAAUGGUCUAAUAAUUUUACAUUUUGUUCUUAAUAUUGUAUAUAAGCUAUAGAAUCCUAACUCUUAUCUCCAGACAAAUCCAUAAAAUGUAUAAAUAAAAAGCUCCCACACACAUUGUAAGUUCAACCGCGAAGCCUUUAUUUAUGUAACAUUCUAGAAGUAAGCAAUUUUUAAUAACUAUUUUCAAAAUCGGGUUUAUGAAAUGCUAAAUAAGUUCAGGUUAGCUUGCAAAUGAUUUAGAUUUAUAUAAAAUGCGCAGGUCACCAACACCAAAUAGAAAACAAGAAUUAAUACAUAUGUAUAUGAGUUACAUGAUACUAAUUAACACCCUUAAUAAAAGAAAAACUGUGAAGCUCGAUUUCAGAGUGAAGCUUA